UAUUGAUCUUCAUCAGAGCGAGAGAGAGAGAGAGAGAGAGAGAGAGAGAGACAAGGAUGGAGAUGGAUGAGAGGAAAAAAAUGGAGAAACGAGAGCAGCGAAAUCGAAGGCAUGGAUCGACGGCAUUCUUCGUGAUGUUGGACUACCUCUCCCUCUUGAUCUUCUUCUGCUUCCUUUGCUACUUCGUCUCCAAGAUCUGGAUCCGAUAUAUAUAUCGAGCUAAGCUAGUUAAAGUUAAAGGAAGAAUGCUAACAAUGACGCUGGAGCCGGCGAGGGCCUUAUGCUCGGUGACCAGCGCUUCUCGGAAUACGUCUUUGCGCUUCUGUAUCCCGCCCGCGCGGCUAGCUGUCGCUGCUCACCGGGUGCCGCACGGUGUUGGAGCUUCUCAGAGGAAUUUAAACAAACACCUUCUGGGCAGUAGUAAACCUAGAGUUUUCCUUCUGGAUGUGAAUCCUCUUUGCUAUGAAGGGUCGAAGCCUAGUCUCAGCUCCUUUGCACGAUGGUUAUCUCUCUUCUUCACCGAAGUCAGCUUGCAAGAUCCUGUCAUUGCUGUUCUUGAUGGUGAGGAGGGAAAUGAGUACCGGAGGAUGCUAAUGCCUUCUUACAAAGCGCAUAGAAGGAAGUUCUUGAGAGCAAUGAAUGCGGGGCAGAGUUCAAAUUCUUCUGAGGCUCAAGUGACUGAUGUUCUUCAGAAAUGCCAUGUUCCGGUAAUUAAAGUCAACGGUUAUGAAGCUGAUGAUGUAGUUGCUACACUUAUGGAUCAAGUUCUACAAAGAGGCUUUCGAGUUGUCAUUGGUUCACCAGAUAAAGAUUUUAAGCAGCUAAUAUCAGAAGAUGUUCAAAUGGUUAUGCCUCUUCAGGAGUUUGGUCGGUGGUCCUUUUACACAUUGAAACAUUAUAUUGCUCAGUACAAUUCUGAUCCAAGCUCUGAUUUGAGUCUUCGGUGCUUAAUAGGUGAUGAAGUUGAUGGUGUUCCCGGAAUUCAGCAUGUCGCCCCUAGUUUCGGUCGCAAGACUGCCCAGAAACUCUUGAAAAAGCAUGGUUCUCUACCAAACUUGCUGGCUGCAGCUGCAAUCAGGACGGUCGGAAAACAAUAUGUACAAGAGGCUCUAAACAAGCAUGCUGAUUAUUUGCGAAAAAAUUAUGAUGUGCUCAGUCUAAGGAGGGAUGCUGCUGUACACCUUCAAGAAGAAUGGCUUUUGAAGAGAGACCCUUCCAAUGAUUCUACUGUUUUGGCAUCUAACUUCAUUCAAAGGCCAGGUAAAUUGCAUAACUUUGAUGUGACAUGAGAUGAACUCUUGUUUGAAGCUGAUCAACUUAGUUUUUGUAGAUUUAACGGAAGGUACAUGUCUUUUUUCCUUUUACAUUAAAAAAUCCUGAUACUUGGUAAUUGUUUGUUUGAUAUGAAAAAUUAUAACUUGCACCUGAAGAAAACUUU